AUGUCGACUGGAAAACAGCAGGUAUCUCCCUGGCAAUCUAUACUCGCCGGAGGCGCUGCCGGUGGCCUUGAGAGUUUGAUCACUUAUCCGACAGAAUAUCUCAAAACUCGUCAACAACUCGUUCAGCCCGGUGGUGCACAGAAACAGUCGCUUUUACAGCUCCUUACAUCCACCGUUCGACAGCAUGGUGUCCGCGCUCUUUACACUGGCAGCGGGGUCUUCUGCGCGUCCAAUGCUUCUAAGUCCGCCAUACGAUUUUUCACAUUUGACACGGCCAAGCAGUAUAUGCCGACUGAUGGGAAGGGGAAAGUCACGCCUCUAGGAAAUAUGGGUGCUGGCUUGCUGGCCGGAGUGGCAGAGGCAGUUAUCGUGGUAACACCCGGAGAGACCACCAAGACAAAGAUGAUCGACGAUCGUGCUGGUCCGAAACUGUACAGAUCGACUAGCCAUGGAGUCCUAUCCAUUGUCAAGAAGGAAGGUCUGCCGGGGAUAUACCGGGGUAUGAUCCCGGUUACAUUGAAGCAAUCUGCCAAUGCGAUGGUGCGGUUCACGAGCUACAAUGUCAUCCUGAGUAAAAUGCAGGCGAAUUCCUUGCCGGCAUCAAUCUGUACGGUCCUCGCAGGUGCUAUGGCCGGCGUGGUCACCGUCUAUGCGACUAUGCCAUUUGAUUCGGUCAAAACUCGACUGCAGGCUGUCGAUGGAAACCAGCGGUAUCGAGGCUCGCUGGAUUGCUUCCGUUCGGUGAUUACGCAGGAAGGUGUCUCUGCUUUGUGGAGAGGAACUACUCCACGGUUGGUUCGGUUAAGCGUUUCGGGUGCGCUUAGCUUUUCAAUUUACGAGGCCGUUGUUCAGUGGACGAGAACGUUAUCGAUGGCCAAAUACCAAGAUACAGAUAAAGCACACUCGUAG